AUGGCUAGGAACCAUUUUCCAAUAUGGUAUCAAGAGCUUAGUUCUUUCCUCCCUCUCUUCCGCCUUGCUCUUUUCUUGGGCCGACAGCCUCCCCACACGGUUGUGCCGCCCACUCCACCACCGUUGUCUUCCUCCCUUCUCUUCUUUCUUUUCUCAUGGCUUCCACAAAAAUCAACCCUGCUACUUCAGUCACAAACAUUAAAACAUAUUUAUGGUACUAUUAGUCCUUCUCUUCUUAAAUCGAUCGUCUGUCCUGAUGAUAGUGCUUUUGAUGCUUGGACUCGCAUUACGAACAAUUUUCAAAACAACAAAACUUCCUGUAUUCUUGACCUUGAGUCUCAAUUCAAUGAGAUUUCCCUUACUAAUUUCUCAAAUGUGAAAACUUAUUGUAAUGCACUUGAAAAUAUUGCUACUUCUCUUAACAAUCUUGGCACUUCUAUUAUCAAUAAUCGGUUAGCUCUUCAAGUUCUCCAUGGUUUGACUACCGACUACCGUACUUUUCGAGCCUUGGUUCCACACAUGUCUCCCGUUCCUUGCUUUGAUACUCUUCGCUCCAUGCUAGAACUGAAAGAGCAUUCUCACAACAAAGAUAAAUCUUCAACUCAUGACUCUACUCUCAUUACUUCUACUGGUGUUGUCUUACAACGACUGAAUCAGGAUAUAUGGGUAAGGGAAGAACACCCAUGGACUCACACACCCCCAGGGAGACUAGCGAGGAAUCGAUGUUUGACCCAGAGACUGCCUGGAGAGAAGUCUCUAAUGUUGAUAUAUGGAGAAUAA